AUGCCUGACCCUGCCGUCGCCCCCAACGGGCACCUGCCCGCCGCGUCCACUCCUCCCGCUACCGGUGCCCUUGAUGUGAAACCCCCCAGCAGCAGCAACAGCAGCAGCAAGAACAGCAGCAAAAAGGGCAGCAACAAUGCUCGGUCCCAGGCCGCAAAGAAACAGCCGCUCCACCAGCUCUACACGCUGCCGGCGCCCAUCCGCACGUUCCCGCUACCCUCCUUCUACCCAAACAACCCGCUCUCCCUGUUCCACGUGCUGUACGCAUGGCUCCGCCAGACCGUGGCGCCGCCGCCCCGAGAGCCCGCCGUCGUGCACAAGGGCAUCUGGUCACCCGAGACCCGGUCCGUCCACAUUGUCGACCAGCAGGCCAUCCGGGCGCUGUGGGAGCAAGGCUUCUUCGGAAAGGGCAUCUACAGCAGGAGUGAGCCCAACUGGCUAAGGCGCGAGCAGUCGAGGCGUGGCGAGCACGCCGGCCACGUCGCCGAGAACUUUACGGCGCAGCGCCGCAGGGAGCGCAACCAGAUGAAGUGGGAGCGCGCCCGCAAGGAGCAGGAGGCGAUCCAGCGGACGCGCAUGCAGGAGGCCUGGGUGGCGCCAGUCGGACCCAUGGAGCUGCUGGCCCUGCCCAACUCCGCGCUGGAGCUCGGCGAGCUGUUUGCGAGCAGUGUCGCUGCGGGUAUGGCCAGCAGUGAGGUGGCUCUGGAGGCAUCGCAUGUUUCCCAGGUGAAUGAUGGCACGGUUAGGCCACAGACACCUGUUGUGGACUCGACGAGCUCCUCCCCUCCAGACGCGUCAUUACCCAAGCUACAAAAGAGCGUGCGCUUUUCGCCAAAGGUCGAGGCAACAACCUUCGAGCCGCUGGAGCCGCCGAGUCCUGGCGCAGGGUCUCAUGUCAAUGGACAGGCUCCCCACGCAAAUGGUGGCCUCUUCGCCGCGGCGAGCAAGCCAGAGGGGGAGCAGGAGGCGACCACGGCCACUACCACGCAGGCACAAGACAGCAAAUCACCUGGGGACGUGCUACCCCGGAAAGGAGGCAAGCCAGCCAACGACAUUAAGGACAUUGAGCACCUGCAGCUCGCGCCAGAGGAGGCCUUGUACCUGAGCUUCGCAAUGGGCGUGCUCGAGGUCGUCCACCCGAAGACGGGCCAGCCCAUUCCUCCGCGACAACAGUUCGCCAUGUACCGCGAGCUCUCCGCCGGGCCGCGGAUAGCGCCGGCCGUGAAACUCGACAACUCGCCGGCGGGGGCAGGACCAGGGUCAGCGCCACCAUCAUCAUCCCUAGUGUCCUCACUACGCCCGGACGACCCUUUCCUCCUGCACUACGCGACAUACCACCACUUCCGGUCGCUCGGCUGGGUCGUCCGCCCGGGCAUCAAGUUCGGCGUGGACUGGCUGCUGUACCACCGCGGACCCGUCUUCUCGCACGCCGAGUUUGCCGUGCUGGUGCUGCCGGCUUACACGCAUCCGUGGUGGACGAGCGCCGAGGCCCAGGCCGAGGCGGCGGAAUCAGCCACAGGAGCAGGUGGCAAGGGGCCCAUGGCACAGCGGCGCUCGUGGCACUGGCUGCACUGCGCGAACCGGGUGCAGGCUAAAGCGUUGAAGACGCUGGUGCUCGUUUACGUCGAUGUGCCGCCGCCGAGGAGGAGGAGUUGUAAGACGCAGACCGCUCUGGGUCGGGAUCACGAGGGGAAGGGGGAGGAGGAGGGCGGCGACGACAGCAUCGCGGAUGUCCUGAGCAGGUACAAGAUCCGUGAGUUCAUGGUGAAGCGAUGGCUGAGCAAUAGGAAUCGCGACUGA